CGGCUGUCUGCUGUAGUUAACGUUAAAGACUCGUCGGUAGGUUGGGUGGUCAGUUCUGUUUUUAGCCCGAUUAUUAUGGAAUUUUAAAAUUAAAAGGUAUUCUAGUCUUUAGCAGGUAUACGUUUAUGGAUAGACGAAAGACGAGGUACAUUUGAACGGAUCUACAGGUAAACGCUGGAAAAAUGCCUCUGCAUGGUAAAAUAGUGGUUAUUAAGAGGAGGGGAGGAGACGGAACCGAGUUUCCUCUGACUGCGUCGUGUUUGUUUGGAAGGAAGACCGAAUGCGACAUUCGUAUUCAGCUUCCUCAGGUUUCCAAGGAGCACUGCAGAAUUGACUUGAAUGAAAACAAAGAGAUCAUUUUGACCAAUCUGAGCUCAGCCAAUCCGACCCGUGUCAACGGCGAGGCUCUGAGUCAGUCGGAGCGCUUGAAGCACGGUGAUGUGAUAACUAUUGUCGAUCGUUCUUUCAGGUUUGAGUAUGCACCUACACAAACACCGAAGAAGAGGUCGUCUUCUGGGGCCAAGUCUGAAACCGUUAAGGUUCUUCAAGAUCAGCAAGUGGCUCACAGUGUUGUUGCCGCGGACGCAGGAGAAAAGAGAAUCUCUGAGGUCUCUACAGACCCUCAUCUCAAAGAUGGAGCUAACUAUAACAACAUCCAGCGAUCCUUGGAGAAAACCUUGGAAUUGGAGUCCCAGAAAGAUGAGAAGAACUCGCCAUUCAAUGAUCUGUGUCAAAUGAUCAAAAAGUCGUUGGAUGUCAAGACACCUCGCAAGUCUUCCGCAAGUGUGGUUCAGACACCGUCCUCAAAGUUCUGCACGCCAAGACCGGGUCCGGUUGUCAAGAAGAGUGAAAACGGGGUAGUUUUCAUACCCAAGAAGGAAGAAGAUCCCAAAGGUAAAACCCCAGAGAUUGCUAAGAAACAGGGAAAGACCUUCCAGGUUCCUUCUGCUGAGGGCCCUGGACCCACAGUGGACGAAGCUGGAAAGUCUGAAGGUACUUCACAGCAGAGAAGAAUCUCAACUCCUCAGAAAUUCACAGCCUCAGAGGUUAUUGAGCAAACAACGGCUUCAGCAUCUAAGUCACCGGUCAGAAGGAGAAGCAAGGAAUGCACACUGGCUAAAUCUGGCGUGUCCAUGGAGCAAGAAGGACAAGCUGGAAAAUCUCCCAAACUGGAAAAUCCACCAAAGAGAUCUUCUAAAAACUCAGGAUCUGCUGAAAAAGCGAAAAUGUCCAAAAAACGCAAGAGCGAGGAGCUUGGGAAAGACCUGCCGAUACCAAACCUGAAAAGGAAACGAGUUUCCUUCGGAGACCACCUCAGCCCAGAGUUAUUUGACAAACGCCUGCCACCUGACUCUCCACUGCGUAAAGGGGCCAGUCCAAGGAGGAGCCUAUCUCUCUAUAAACCCAAAUUGUCUCUUCUUAGGAGAGUUUCUGUCAUUGGGUUGCUAAAGGAACAGAGGACCCCGUCACCUAAGUUCAAAAAGAGUGCUUCUCCCAAGACUCCAACAGGGAAGGCAUCACCAAAAUCAAGGUCCACUUCCCCUGCUGAGAAGUCUCCCAGGUCCAAGUCAGCUUCACCCAAAGCCACACCUGGAAAAAAGUCUCCCAAGGCGACAAGUCCAGCUCAGACGUCUCCUAAAUCCAGGUCCGCUUCUCCCAAGGCGACAAGUCCAGCUCAGAAGACUCCUAAAUCCAGGUCCGCUUCUCCCAAGGCGACAAGUCCAGCUCAGACGUCUCCUAAAUCCAGGUCCGCUUCUCCCAAGGCGACAAGUCCAGCUCAGAAGACUCCUAAAUCCAGGUCCGCUUCUCCCAAGGCGACAAGUCCAGCUCAGACGUCUCCUAAAUCCAGGUCCGCUUCUCCCAAGGCGACAAGUCCAGCUCAGAAGACUCCUAAAUCCAGGUCCGCUUCUCCCAAGGCGACAAGUCCAGCUCAGAAGACUCCUAAAUCCAGGUCCGCUUCUCCCAAGGCGACAAGUCCAGCUCAGACGUCUCCUAAAUCCAGGUCCGCUUCUCCCAAGGCGACAAGUCCAGCUCAGAAGACUCCUAAAUCCAGGUCCGCUUCUCCCAAGGCGACAAGUCCAGCUCAGAAGACUCCUAAAUCCAGGUCCGCUUCUCCCAAGGCGACAAGUCCAGCUCAGACGUCUCCUAAAUCCAGGUCCGCUUCUCCCAAGGCGACAAGUCCAGCUCAGAAGACUCCUAAAUCCAGGUCCGCUUCUCCCAAGGCCUUGACCAGCACAACACCAGUGAAAACACCUUUGAAUUCAGGCAUCCAAACCCCGUCCGUCCAAGGUCGCUUCUCUGUCUCACGUAUCAGGACCCCCUCUCCAACUACAGCAGUCGCUCAACAGAUGCCUGUGCUUGCUGGUACCCCAAAAAUCCCUCUCAGGAGGAAGAGCAUGAAGAAUGCAUCACGUAGGACUUCAGGUGUUGCCAGGAGUGCAGUAAAAGUCUUUCAGAGACGAAGUGGCAUUUCACGGGCAUCAAUGAAAGCUCAAAGUUCCUGGGCAAAUAUUGUAAAAUUUGGACAAAUUAAGACGUCAGCUGUUGCUCCAACUGUAAAGAAGAUCAUACAGAAACCCCUGAAGAAGGUUGUGCCCAAACAACAGACCCCUGCCAGGAAGCUAAAAGACCAUAUGAGCACUGGACAUGCAGAUUCCCCUGCCACCAUCCUUGUUGGGAGAGCUCACAAAAGAACCAUUGUACAUCCAACUGGAGCUGCACCAAAAGUGGUCAUGAAUCCUGCACUGUUCAAAAAGGACAUGAAAAUGAAUGAAGAUUUAACAGGACUCUCUGAGAUGUUCAAAACUCCUGUAAAUGAGAAGAGAAGAAGGUCUUUGGUCAGUGAGAGCAGUGCCAAGAAGACGCCAAUAGCGACUUCUUCUAUGGUGGAACCGUCGGUGCUGAACACCCCGGAGGAGCCAGAUGAAAUGAUGGUGUCUCCACUGAGUUUAGCGUCUACAGUAAAGAGUCAAAGGUACAACAGCGAGGCAGUCCAGCGCCUUCUCAGUGGGGGUGAAGAAGCAAGUUUUGUCGGUGAUGCUCCUGCCUCGGAAGUUUGUUCAGAGUCUAAACACACAGAUCCAAAGGCGGGCUCUGUUAAAACUCCCAAACAGAAGCCAGAAUUACCCAUCUGUCUCACUGGAAUCAAGAGGAUCAUGAAAACACCAAGACAGAAGGCUGAGCCCAUUGACGAUUUGAGAGGAAAACUCUUGAAAACUCCAAAACAGAAACCUGUGCAGCAGGAAUGUCUCACUGGAAUCAAGAGGAUCAUGAAGACACCAAGACAGAAAGCCGAACCUUUAGAGGACAUCCGAGGAAAUCUUUUGGUAACUCCUAAACAGAAAACUGAGCAACCAGAGUGUCUCACUGGGGUCAAACGCAUCUUUGCAACUCCGAAGCAGAAGGUGGAACCUCUUGAAGACCUUUGGGGAAAAUUGUUGAAGACUCCAAAUGUCAGACAGAGCUCUGAUGUCAGUUUGGAUGGUGUUAAGGAGCUUCUCCAGACACCAAUUCACCAGUCCCAGAUGCUGGGUCUUGCCACUGUUGAGAGAAUGAUGAAGACGCCCAAAGAGAAGACUUCUCCAGUUGUGGAUGUGGUUGGUAUGAAGAGGCUACCAAGAACUCCCAAACAGAAGGGUGAACCCGUAGAAGACAACUUUGGCAUCAAAAGGUUGAUGAAAUCCCCAAGACUGAGAGGAAAUCCACCAGUGGAAGACUUUGAGGGACUUCAGGAGCUCAUGGAGGAGCCAGUGACCUACCUGACAGAGCAGCGGCCAGAAAAGCCAUCAGAUGCCAUGGAAACGCAACCUCAAAGUGUCAUAGAGAGCAAUACAACUUCUACCAGCGCUUCUCUUGACAAAAAAUCUGUUCGGGGUAGGAGGGCAAAAGCUGUGAAACCAGAACAAGAGGAAACAAAAGAACUGCCGGAACCUUCUCAAAAUGCCGUGGUGUCUUCACCAGCUAGAGGAAGAAGAGGAAAGAAAUCUGAGACCAAAGCACCACCUGCUGUUAGACACACAAGAGGCAGGAAUGCAGAAGUCCCUGAAAGCAGAGAGGUUGAAGAAAGUCUCCCAGAGUCUCCAAAAGUUGCUAUGAAAAGACGAAGACCUAUCAAAAGAGCUCAAGAGGAGGCAAUAGAGCUUGAGCAGAAUCCUGCUGUUGAAGAGGUAGUGACCCCACAACCUGAGAUCGAUUCAAUGCCAGCCAUUGAUGUGCAUGGAGGUCCCUUACUUGUGGAGAAAACAGUGCUGAAGCCCAAACGAGGAAGAAAACUCAAACAACCUGAAGAACUGGCACAGCAGGAGCAGAACCUUCCUAAGAAUGCAGAUAAAGACAAGAGUGUUAACUCAUCAGACGCUGAGCGUGUGAAGUUACCUGAAGAAGAGAACGCAAAUACGGAAGUUGCAGAAACUAGCUUGACUCAGAAGAAAUCUGUGAGAGGCAAAAGAGCUAAACCUGUGGAGGCUAAAGAAGCUCAGAAAGCUGAGGAGACCUCCAAUAAGCCUGUUCCUCCUCCAGUCAGAGGAAGGAGAGGAAACAAGAUGGAAGCAACAGCAUCUCUUGCUGUUAAACGGAACACAAGAACCAGAAAUGCAAAGUCUCAAAACACUGUUGAUCAGCCAGCUGUUGAAGCACAAGCGAUAACUGAGAUUUCCAAUGAAGCCGUGAUCCCUCAAAUAUCAGAGAAGUCCAAUGAAAAGACAACUGACCCUGUAAGCUCAGUACAAGUGACAACCAAGCCACUCAGAGGGAAAAAAGCUAAAGUAACAUCCACUGAACCCGAGAAAGAUGAAUGUCCUGCUGCAAAUGCUGAAACUCCUCAAGCCAUUCCUUCUGUUGGUAAACCCAGGAGAGGAAGAAAAGCCAAACCUGAUGUUGAGGAGCCAACUGAGGUGGCAGAAGACACCUGUCUCCCUGUGGAGACCAAGCCUCCAACAAGGGCUAAAAGAGGAAGACGUGCUCUCCUGAAAGAGGACAAACAGAUUGAGGAUGACAAGGUGACUUCACGGGAGCCCUCUGAACAUCAGGAGCCACCUAAGAAAUCACGGAGAACAAGAAAACCCGAGCAAGAGCCUCUAAAAACAAAGGAAGACACUGUGGUCCCAGAAAAGGAACCUAGUUCUGAACAAAGUUCUGGUGCUGCAAAGCCCAGGAGAGGAGGACGGAAAGCUAAAGCAGAUGCUGUGAAGCCCUCAGUACUAAUGGCUGACGCUACAGAGAAACCAAAACGAGGCAGAAAAGGAGAACAAAUCCCUCAGGAGACUGUCCCUGCCAAGAAUCCUGAACAUGAAGAGAUCUCUGUGCCAUCUCCUCAGGUCCAUAAACCUAAUCGGGCAACACCGGUGAAAAGCAAGGUUUCACAAACUGCUCCAGCUAAGAGAGGUCGCCGGGGUGCAGCUCUUCUUCUGGUGGAACCCAAACAAGAACCUGCUUCAGAUCCAGUCGUACCAGCAAAAAGAGGAAGACAGGUUGCGGCAAAGCCCAAAGCAGACGAUGGGGCCAGUGGUGAGGCAAAUCCCACCGAAAGCUCAAAGGAUGACGCCCAAGACCCAAAGAUGACCAAAAAGGCAGUCAAAUUUAAAAAAUACCUGGAAAGCCAUGAAAUUCCAAAAGCUAUGUCGGUGAAGGCCGUUCGAGGCAGGAAGACGAAAGUUCCAGACCAGGCUGACACUAGAGGUAAAGACGGAACAAAGGAGGCCAGCAGCACUGAAGAGAAGACUCUCUCGCAUGACGUCGUCGAGCCCGCCAAGAGAGGACGGCGAGGAGCGAAGGUUGCAGAGGUGGUGGCAGAAGACAUUGGAGCACAGAAAAAAAACCGACGGGGGAGAUCAGCAAAGAAAUGACUGUUUUGUAAAUACUUUUCAUCCUAAUUACGGUUUCCCCAAAUGUUUUUGAUAUUCCAAAUUUUAGGUGUGAGGGCAUUGUAGUAGGUAGUUUUAUCUUCU